CGGAAGAGUGUCUGAGUGAGUGUGAGGCAGAGGGACAGAGGUGGGAGUCUGUCCCGUUCAACAAAAAGUGACCCGUCAGGGAAAGUUGCCGGUGGGAAUAGAGUCAGCGCUGGUUGUCACAUCUAAACAAGCUCGACAAGAAUGGAGAUCGAGAAAGAAGUUAAAAAGAUAACCCUGGGCCAUGAGAUUGGAGCUGGAGCUGCCUGUCUGAAAUGCAAGGACAAAUGUGAAGGCUUUGAGCUUCACUUCUGGCGAAAGAUUUGUCGAAACUGCAAGUGUGGUGUUGAGGACCAUGACGUGCAGCUCGAGACUGAGGAGAAUAAGAAGGUGGGGAAGCUUUUUGAGGACACCAAGUACACAGGCCUUAUAGCCAAGCUGAAGAGAGAUGGCAUCCCAUCUUAUAGAGGCAACCAAGUCACCAUCUCCAUCUCGGCCGCCACCGUCAGCACUGCUACUCCUGUUCCUGCUGCCAGCUUGAUCCCCGGCUCCAGCCAGUUCUCUGCUCCCAGCGCCCAGCCUGCUUAUUCCCCACCUGCUGCUGCAGUUCACUCUCCUGCAACGGGCCCUACUGCUGCCCCAGGAACAGGCUCCAGUGCUGCCCCAGGAACAGGCCGCACUGCUGCAUCAGGGCCAGGCCAUAGUGCGGUUUCAUCUGCUGCCACCCCAACUAAAGGCCCUGUUGCUGCCACUACUGUUGUUCCAUCCCCUACCCCAGUGCUUGCCAAAACGGAUGUGGUUAAGUCCGUUACCUAUGAAUGGGCUCCACCUGGGAUCAACCAAAGCUUGGCUCUGCUAUACAUGGAGCUUCUGCCUCCGGAGCGGCGGCCCAUCGCUGGUACGGCGGGAGCAGAUUACCGUAAGAAACAGAUGGCCAAACAGCUUCCAGACCACGACCAAGACCCUGAGCGCUGCCACGAACUCUCGCCCAGCGAGGUUAAGCUAAUGCAGCAGUAUGUCCGCAAGUACAAGGACGAGGCAUUGGGCGUAGGCGACAUCACCGUGCCCGAAGAGAUGGGACAACAGGCAGGUACGGCCGGGGAAAAGGGUCCUCAAGGCCUCGGGGCAGGAGGGAAACCUGGUGCUGGAACAACAGGGACUCCUGGAGACAAAGGUGAUGCUGUUGCUACAAUGGGAAAAGUUGGCUCCCCUGGGGCUGCUGGGAUGUCACCCGCUGAACCUGUUGGUAACUAUUCAUGUCACCGCUGCCAGCUGCCCAUGAAGAAGGGAGAGCCGGCGGUGUACGCAGAGCGGGCAGGCUAUGAUAAACUCUGGCACCCGGCGUGCUUUGUGUGCUGUACCUGCAAUGAGCUACUGGUGGACAUGAUCUAUUUCUGGAAGAAGGGUCAGCUGUACUGUGGCCGCCAUUACGGAGACAGCGAAAAGCCUCGAUGUGCAGGUUGUGAUGAGCUCAUCUUCAGUAAUGAGUACACCCAGGCUGAGGGCCACAAUUGGCACCUGAAGCACUUCUGCUGUUUUGACUGUGACUGUGUGCUGGCUGGAGAGACCUAUGUCAUGGAGAAUGAGAAGCCUGUUUGCAAACCCUGCUACAUGAAGAACCACGCUGUGCUUUGUGCGGCCUGUCAGAACCCCAUCGAGCCUGAAGCUCAGCGUGUGUCGUACGGAGAGCACCACUGGCACGCCGAACCCCAGUGCUUCCAGUGCUCCUGCUGCUCCAAGGGCCUUAUGGGCCAGCGCUUCAUGGCCAUGCAGGGCAUGCUGCUGUGUUCCGUGGAGUGCAAGAAGAAGAUCACGGCCUCAUGAAGGAAUAUCUAGGAUUUUUUUUUGGAAGAGUGCUUAGAGCACCACAAGCCAGUUUCUUCCUAAUGCAGUACACUAAAUAUAUACUGCCUUCAUUUUAUUGAGAAAUUAAUGUAUUUGUAUGACUAAUCUUAAUGUUUUUCCAAGGUCCUAUUUACGGGAAAUAAUAAGCAAUACAGUGGAGCAGUGGCUGAGUAAUUGUUGUCAAUGUGAUUCUUUAUUAUUAAUGAUUUAGUAUUAAUAAACAGAAGCAAUAAUGGCUUUUGUACUUCAGCUACUGAAAAAAAAUCGAUUUUACUCUCAUUUUUUGCCUUUAUUUCUUAUGUCUAAAACUGCACUUUAGCUUUCACUUUGUAAUCCAAUAAAUGCGUAAUAUGAAUAGUU